AAUGCAACACAGAUGGAUGCCAGCUGCCGUAAAACUGAAAAGAAGAACGUCAAGUGUGCUAACUGUCGUGAAAGCACAUUGACGGAGAAAGAAGUGCGCACAACGCUAAUAAGUCAGUCUUAUUAUUUGUUCUCCAGUUCGAAAUAUUUACGUCGUAUAAAAUACAUAUUUGAUUGUUUAUUUAAGGAUAAAAUCGCCUGAAGCACUGUGCCGCUUCUCCUGCUAUCUUUGCUUGUUAGUUAUCUUAGCUCGCUAGUUAGCUUAGCUCGCUAGUUAGCUUAGCUUGUUAGCUGCUAACAGAAGACACAGAAGUUAUCAACACAUCGCUAAGUAGAGAUCAAGUGUGAGAGUAAAGUGUUGUGAUUGUGUGAAAAUGUCUACAUUACAAAUGUUGAGAGCGUUGGUGGAUCAGCGACUAACUGCUGCCGUUGAAGAAAUAUUUGUAGUGUUAGAAAGAACGAUAGCAGAAUACGAGGCGGAACUUUCUAGAACAAAGCAGGAGAAUAAUCAACUACUGGACGCUGUUUUCAAGAAACAUCAAGUUGUGUUACACAGAACAGACGUCAAAGAAGAACCUCUACCUCAUGAGCAGGAGGAGGAACCACAAUCCCCCAACAUACAUGAGGAAGAAGAGGUUCCACAUUCCCAAUACAUUAAAGAGGGAGGGGAGGAGCCAAAGCCCCCCCACAUUAAAAACGAAGCAGCAGAACACAGCAUCAGUCAGGGGGGAGAGCAUAUUGAAGGACUGGGGGAGUUCCCAGUGACUGGUGUCCCUGUGAAGAGUGAAGAUGAUGAGGUCAAAGGUGAAAGUGAGGAGAAGAGAGAGGCGGAGCCUCCAAGCAGCAGCUCAACACAACACAUGACAACAGAAGCUGAUGGAGACCACUGUGGAGGAUCACAAGCAGACAAGCUCUUAGCUCCACUAUCAGAUAGUGAGGACACAACGUCACACUCUCCUGACACUGAUGAUGAAGACUCUAAAGAUGAUAAGACAUGUCACACUGACAACACUCACUUCAAAUGUUCUCACUGUGACAAAACCUUUAAAUACCAUAGUUAUCAGAAAAGACACAUGAGAAUACACACUGGAGAAAAACCUUUUAUCUGUUCAAUCUGCGGUAAAUGUUUUGGGACGAGCCACAAUUUGAAAUUACACAUGAGAAUACACACUGGUGAAAAACCUUUUAUCUGUUCAAAAUGUGGUAAAGGUUUUACAAACAGUCAGAGUUUGAAAACACACAAAGUUUCACACACUGGAGAAAAAUCUUUUACAUGUUUAAUCUGUAGUAAAGGUUUUGUACAAAGUCACAAUUUGAAAGCACACAUGAGAACACACACUGGUGAAAAACCUUUUUCCUGUUCAAUCUGUGGCAAAGGUUUUACAGAAAGUCAAUGUUUGAAAAGACACACGAGAACACACACUGGUGAAAAACCGUUUUCCUGUUCAAUUUGUGGUAAAAGUUUUAGAGAAAGUCAACAUUUGAAAGUACACACGAGAACACACACUGGUGAGAAACCUUUCACAUGUUCAAUCUGCAACAGAAGCUAUUGUGACCAAUCAAACCUUGUAGCACACAUGAGAACACACACAGGAGAUAAAGGGUUGAGUUGCAGUGUGUGUGGUGAAAGAUUCUCUUAUAAGUACCAGUGUAAGAAACACAAGUGUGCUGGUGAGAACAGCAGCAGCAAAUGAAACUGCAGGAUUUGAAAUAAACUGUAAAGACUUUAAUUUUGACUUUAUAACAACAUCAGCACAUAUAACGUGUGUGACAUUGUUGUUUGUGUAACACAAUCUUGUCAACAUGCUUCUAUAUUUAUACACCAUUUUUUUUCAGCCCAUUGCAUGCAUUAAUAUGCAACAUUGUGUACUUUUAUAUUGACAUAAACUAUUACAAGAAGAACAAUUUUACUAAAAAAGUCAGUAAAUCCAAAACAGUACAAAACAUGUGAUACAUUCAAAUUACAUUUAGUGUACAUACCUUUUUAGACAAGAUAAUUUCCUUGUAUGUGUAACAUUGUUUUUUUGUGUAACACUAUUUUAAUAUGCUUCUACAUUUAUAGAUUAGAUAUUUUGUAUUAGUGCUUUUUUCGGUCAAGUACAUGCAAUAAUAUGCAACAUUGUGUACUUUUAUUAAAAAUUGAACAGAACAAUUUGACUGAAAAGGUGAGAGUAAACAGUACAGACAUAUUUUACAUACAAUAAAAAAAAUGUAUGUGUAUAUAUAUUCAUCAUACAAAAUUAGACUUAUUCAUAAUAGUGUUUUUUAUAUGUGUUUGAAAUAUUGAAGUGUGACAUAUUUUUAUUUCUAAUUAUUAAUGAUCCCAUAGAUUAGCACCUUUAUAUGAUAUACAUAUGUACUGGUUCACAUCUGAAACAUCUUCUGGACCACUUCAGGAAGCAUAUUAUUAUUUACUUUAUACAUUUUUGAACAGUUGUCUUUGUACAAUUUUAAAAUGUGUGACUUUAUGAAUUAUAUGUUGGGUCUCUAUAAUCCAUUUUAUUAAUUAUCUUUAUUACUCUCUUUUGUAACAUGAUGAUUGUGUUGUGAUUGUUUUAUAUGUAUGUCCCCAGACCUUUAUGCAAUAUAAAAGUGCGAGAAA